CCCGCUCUCCGCUUCCCUUUCCCCAACCAACAUGGCGGACGAGCCUGGCUUUGACGUCAUCAGCAGCCUCCCGUGACAGGUGUCAGUGUCACAGACGUCAGAGGGAAGCGACGGUCGCGGUGCUGCGGAUGUCCUGGCAGGCGGCUCCCGGGGCUCCGGUGCACGGGAUGGGGCGCUGCCUCUGAGCCGAGGGGUCGCGAUGGACGAACCCGGCCGCCUGAGCGGGCUGGUGGAGCUGCUGGAGGAGUUCUCACGGGCCCAGUUUCGGGCUAGGGAUGUGGGCGCUAAGGUGGAGAGGAUUGAAAGGCGCUGCCUGGAGCUCUUCGGCAAAGACUAUUGUUACAGCAUCAUCCAGAACCCGAAUGGCGAGCUGUGCAGUCACUACCCCCGGCAGAUCGUCUUCCUGGAAUACGAGAGCACAGAGGGUGACAAAAACACGUUUGAAAGUACAGUGCGGGUCAGCAAGUUGCAAGACCUCGUCAAUCGCAGCAAGAUGGCGCGAUGCAGAGGACGUUUUGUCUGCCCAGUCAUUCUGUACAAGGGAAAGCACAUCUGCAGGUCGGCGACGCUGGCAGGAUGGGGAGAACUUUAUGGUCGCACCGGGUAUAAUUAUAUUUUCUCAGGGGGCUCUGACGAUGCCUGGGCGGAUACAGAAGUAGUGGAGGAAGACGCCGCAGCCAGGAAUGGGGACGCUCAGCUCUUUGACAAAGUCCGGGGCCAUGACAUUAAAUUGCUAAGAUACCUUUCCGUCCGCUACAUCUGUGACCUAAUGGUGGAAAACAAGAAGGUGAAAUUCGGCCUAAAUGUGACGUCAUCUGAAAAGGUGGACAAGGCUCAGCGAUAUGCGGAUUUCACUCUUCUGUCUAUCCCUUAUCCAGGCUGUGAAUUCUUUAAAGAUUACAAAGAUCGAGACUAUGCUGCAGAAGGUCUUGUUUUUAACUGGAAACAGGAUUAUGUUGAUGCCCCGCUGAGUAUCCCAGCAUGCCUGACGAGGCACCUAAACAUCGACUGGAGGGAAUACCAGAGCUGGGAUUUAGUAAAACAGACACAGAAUUACCUGAGGCUGCUGGUUCAUAUCAUCAACGGGGAUGAUAACAGCGGGCUGCUUGUGCACUGUAUAUCUGGGUGGGAUCGCACGCCGCUGUUCGUCUCACUUCUGAGACUCUCACUCUGGGCGGAUGGGAUGGUCCACAGCACCUUAGAACCUGCAGAGAUCCUGUACCUGACGGUGGCCUACGACUGGUUCCUCUUUGGGCACAUGCUAGCAGAUCGUCUCAUCAAGGGUGAAGAGAUUUUUUUCUUCUGCUUCAAUUUUUUGAAGCACAUCACUUCGGAUGAGUUCUCCUCGUUGGGGAGGAAAGCACGGCGGAAAAGUUCACAGGCUCGAGAUCCUGGCUUAACAUUGGAAGAUUUCUGUGCACUAAAACCAAGAGACCGUGGCAGUGCCACCAGUCUGAGCAGCGACUUCUCGGUUAUUACUGAAGACUCCCCUGGUGCCUUUGGAAGUUCAAACUGCGAUGGUGUAGACCUCAUGACCUUCGGCCCACAAAGCCACGCAGUCUGGAAGAAGACGCAUACCUCAUCCCCACAAACUGUAGUUUGGGACCGGACUCAGGUCACUGCAGAGGACCAUCUGAUUCAGCCGGCUGCCAAGUCCUCCAGCUCCUCCUCCUCUAACCAUUCAGACAUCGUGCUGAGAGCCGGAAGUAGCCCCCUAGAAGUUCCGCAGUGCAGGUGGGAUAGAGGACGAGCCUUUCCCUCAUCAGCGGACCAUUCCCUGCCCGGAUCUUCCGUCUCUACAGACUAUGGCAGCUGGCAGAUGGUAUCGGAGGGUGGGAGUGUUCAUGACCAUGGUCUCCUGGGUGCCAGCACCUUCCUCUACUUCAGCUUUCCCGAUGAGAAAACAAACGGUGGCCUGCUGACUGCACAGACUGAACGGGCGGCACGGCUAGAGGCUGUACGGUCAAUCUUCCUCUCUGCCUACCAAACCAGCAUCGGCCUAAGAACUGUGUCCCCAAGCUCAUCCGGAGCAAUCGGUGGUCUUCUGGAGCAGUUUGCACGGGGAGUGGGUCUUCGUGGCUCCAGCACCAUAGUGUGACAUCCGCUGGGAACCUAGGAAUCUAGAAGCCAUCAGCAAGAAUCAGAUCUUAGAAGCCAUAUAAGACAAUCUACAGGAGCUGUUGAGGCUUCUCUAUCAGUUCUUAAACUGGGCGCUACUAUUGUUCUUUUUUUUUUUUUUUUUGCCCUUACUAAGUGAGUAGUGAAGAGGAGCAGAUCUUCAAAUCCUAUAAAUCAGACCAACCCCACUGUAAUGGUCAUUCAAUUGCUUUCGAGGGCUGAUAAUGAAUAGUGGUUCUCAUACCCCCCCCCCCCUCCUAUUUAACCUUCAUCUACUUAUCUGUAAAGUACUAUGGGGAGAGUGAUAAAGUGGAGAGAGGUAAAGUACCAGCCAAUCUGCUCCUAACUGCCAUGUUUCAGGCUGUGUUUGACAAUUCUCAGGAGCUGGUAGUUUUAGGUGUCUCCACUUUAUCACUCCAAAUGCUUAAUAUAUCUGCCCUCAAGUGUCAUGAUUACAGUUUUUAAAUACUAAAAUGCCAAGAUGACACUGCUUGUUGAUUGCUAUACAUCAGAGUGAAGUAGCUGGUGAAUCUCCAGCGGUUGCAGAUCUACAAGUCCCAGUAUGCCUUGUCAGCCAGCCUGGAACAAACAGUUUAACAGCUAGAACAGGGCAGGUUCUCCACAUCCGAGCAGGACGGUUACAAUCUAGUUGCCACAUUAAACAAAGGGAUUAAUUUUGUAA